AUGGACGAACCAAGCUCCUCGCCACUAGACAUUGUCUCGGUGCGUUUCCGACGCGCGCUGCAGGUGUACCAGCACUACGUCGACAAGUGUGUGCCUCACAAAAUGAACCGAUGGGUGGCGUUUGGCGUGUUGCUAACGCUGUUCAUGGUGCGGAUCAUCAUGGCACAGGGCUGGUACGUGGUCUGCUACACGCUGGGCAUCUACCUGCUCAAUCUGUUUCUGGCCUUUUUGCAGCCCAAGUUUGAUCCUUCUCUGAAAAGCGAUCUGGAGAUGGAGGACGCUGAGGAGGGCCAAUUACCAACCGAGGAGCCUGAGGCCUCGUCGUCGUCGGAAGAGUUCAAGCCCUUCAUUCGACGGUUGCCCGAGUUCAAGUUCUGGCACUCUGCGACCCGGGCCACUGUCAUUUCGCUCGUGUGCUCCUUCAUUCCGGCGUUUGACAUUCCCGUCUUCUGGCCCAUUCUGCUCAUCUACUUCUUCAUUCUCUUUUCGCUGACCAUGAAGAAGCAGAUCCAGCACAUGAUUAAGUACAGAUACCUGCCAUUUGAUAUUGGUAAGAAGACCUACAAAUAG